CCUAGUUUCUUGCGGAGGCGGAAAGCUGAUGCUAUGAGUUGUACAACUGGUACUAAAAACUCCUCUCGCAACAUCAAGGUUAGCACAACUUCUAGCCCUGUAGUCAAGAAGCUAGAAAACCUCCAGCAAAGCUCUACUACGUCAAGCAAGCACCAUCUGGAGAGUCGCCGCCGCAACCACGUGCUGCUUGUGGUAUUGCUUGCUCUGCUCGUUCCAGUAUUAGUUCCGCUCCUUGUGGUAAAAAGCAACGUGGUCAACUGCUUGUGGCACAUUAAUUGUAGCAACGAAACGUGGCAACGGAUGUGGGGCCUCCACGAAGAGUAUCAUGGACCAGGCCAGAGCCUUGUCGACAGAACUAAUGUCUGGAACGCGGAGCUAGUGCAUUUGGCUACAAGAACAGACCACGGUAAUUCGUGGUCAUCUUCUAGGAGGAGAGCUGCUUCAUCUACACAUCAGUCAGGAGAAGACAGUUGCUGUGAUGGUAAGACCAACGCGACCACAAAAGCUAGGACUGAUAAGCUUGUAGAAAAAGAUCAGCGGACUAACUAUUCGUAUUCGCCAACUUCUGCUACGGCACCCUCAAAAGCAGCAGCUAGUGCCAGUACGCCAGGACGUGGGGAUGAUGAAGGUGAGGGUGCAAAUUUUAGCGCAAUCCAACCUGCUUCUUUGCAGCAGGUGGGAGCUACGUUGCGUAUACUUCCUGGUGGAGCAGCUAGAACAGGUGGUAGAAGUCAGAGCGCAAAUAACGCAGAUUCUUCAUCUUCUAGCUCUACGCCUGCUACCACGAUGUUGCGUCCACGCAAAAAAGAGAUAGACCGUUGCGAAGAGUUUGUUCGAUAUCACAGGACCGCUGCAGCCUCUGAGGCUCGCGUCUUCUUGUAUUCCACGACGUCUGGGUCGAGUUCGAGUUCCAGCACGGCAACUAGUGCUACAGGAGGACAGACCAUUCAGACUCAAAGCACGCAACAAGCUGCAGAACAAAGUGAAACUACAUCGGGUCCCAGCACUGCUUCAUCUGUGCCAACGCUGACACAAGAACGCUUGAGGUGUCUGGUUUGGUUUCGACUACCCGCAGCGGCAACGAGGCUGCAAUUACAGUACCAACAAGACGAUGCAUUAUCAGAUUUUUCUUCUAGUACUUCUCUUCUGCGUCGGCCGUGUGCACUCGCCUGCGCCGGAAGUUGGGAGCAAAAACCUUUGGGGUCGAGGCAAUCGAAAGACACGUCGUUUGGUUGUCGCUUCUCUGUGCAACUAGGCGAUUCGUGUCUCUUGCUGCCAGCCGAUGAUGUGCCUUUGCUCGAAAAAAUUGGGGAUGCUGUGUCUGCAAAGACGGCAUCUUCAACGGGAGAGCAGGUCACUAGUCGUUCGGGAGAAUUCUUACAACCGAGUCCCAGCUCAACAGCUACAACAUCAAGUCGUGGCCGUGGAGAUAAUCGCUCAUCGUCCACCUCCGACUUGGGAGGCAAAAAAAGUCCUAUUGCAGCUAUACAUGUGGAUUUGCAACUUUACUACAACACUGCUCAGCCAAACACCGACUUUUACUACAACACCGACGUUCCAACUACUAGCACUAACAGCGGUACAAAUUAUAGUGCCAGCAGCCAGAUGCCACCACCAGAACUGCUCUCACCAGAAUCCACCACAACCGCGAGGACCGCAGAUAUUACAGUGCUAGUCCAUGAGCUUGAGAGGCACAACGAGUUCGGCCGCUCGCUGGACAACAGUCGCAAUGCUUGGCCCUUCUACUGUCUCUUUUGGGCUGGUUACGUGCUAGCGGCAAUAUGUCUCAUUCGCCUGCUGAAGUAAAAAAGACGAGUUGUUGAAUUUGGAGUUGUGGAUACAACCACUGGAGCUUGUUCAAAGUUUUGUUGAAAGAUUCGAACUCUACGUCUACAUGGACAGUCAAAAUCAUUCUUAUCGGCAGCUACAUGAAGUAGAGGCUUUUUUAGCGUUGGCUGCUAAAAGUCUCUCGGUACAUCACGAACACUAGUAUGAUUCUAAUUUAGUAUCAGGAUUGUUGAUGCACAUACCGCAGUUUGAUGUGAAGUUGUGCUUCGACGCCUACCUAACCUGUUUCUAUCAGGAUGAUUUAUUUUCCUCUGGUGCUGGGCCUGGGAUGUGAAUCGCUGAAUUCUUUGACUUCUAAAAAAAAAUAAGAAGACGGCGAGAAUGACUAGCAUGUAAUACAUGUUUAGGUGACGUUUUGACUGAGUGGUUUAUUAGGUCUGUGAAUCUUCGUCGACUCUGUGUAUAAACUCGGGAAAGCACGACCCACGCCUGAUAGGCAAACGAUUAUCUUCCUUGUGGUAAUCGCAAUUUUUUUUUUGUGAACUACACAAUGCUACAACGCUAGUGAAUAAAGCAUUAUGGUUGACGUCCUAGACAUUGAAUGUGUGACAUUAGGCAUUGUCAACCAUCUACUACUCUUGCUGGGCACAUUGAAUAAAUAUGUCAACACCUCUCGCUGGGCAAAUUCAUUUAUUUACUCAGACUCACAUCUAGUGAUUCCACUCAUUUGAAGAUUUUUAGCCAUGAAAAUUAUGGAAGCAACUCCCUACCACCUGGUUCUUAUUCGUAGACAUUCAUUUUUAUCGUGCACCUGCAUUUGGUACUACUUCUAUUAAGUUCAUCUAACUUGAAGAUGUCGUUGUUCUAUUCAUCUCUCAUCACGGUUUUAUCAUCUCCUACUUCGUAUAAUUCGAUUUAUACGACGAAUCCUCCACCCAAAUGGCCAGUGGUAAUCAGGAUGUUGGAAGGAAACUUCAUCAACAUCUUGAGUUCAUCAACAAAAAUUUACACUUCCUUCAUCACAGAAGCAGAACGUGGACGAGAACAAGUACACUCCACUCUCCACGCCAUGUGCGGUUAGCAUUUGUCCGUUCGAGAAGGUGGCGUACGCGAAGGCGAUCGGCCCGAUGGUCGCGUACAACAACAUCAUGAUGACAGCAAUGGCGAUCGAGGGCGAGUUGCCGAACCCGCGCAGACUCAUGGCGCGGGCUCAAGAGAAGAAGCGCGGCAAGGCGGCUAACGGUCCGGUGAUCCAAGAUCAUAUCUCGUUCUUCUCCUCGUCUUCCUCAUCCAGCUCGUCGCCCUCGACAACUUUGGCUGUGUUGCGCAGAGGACGCAAAUAAAACCAAAGAAGUAGUGAGUAACCGAGUACAUGUUGAGUAAAAUCGAGACACAAGCCGCGAGAACGCAGGCUAUGGUGGUUUUCGGGAGAAAGGAGAGAAGCACUGAAAAAUCAGGCCGGCAGAGGAGAUGUAUGGAAGGAGCGCGGACACAGUAGAGAAGAAGAACGAAGAGAAGCUGCAUAAGCUCGAGUUAGUCCUUCGUUGGCACUUUGCAGGGC